GCGUAAUUGACCAACAUCACCAGCUUAAACUAUCUCCAAACUCCACCUCUUCACAUUUCAAAUACCCGUCUAGCACUGUCUCUCCCAGUUUCUGUGUUCUAUCAACACCAACAAACCAAUUGAGUACUUAUAUAGAGUCAACUCCAUCUUAUCCUCACUUUUCAGUGGUAUUUUUUAAAAAAUGGCAGCCAAACUAGCCAAAGACCUCACCCUCAAGGGCUCAUCCACUGCCAUGCCAAAGCUGGUCUAUGGCACAGCGUGGAAAAAGGACAGAUCAGCAGAUCUUGUUUAUUUCGCUCUCAAGCACGGCUUUCGUGGAGUCGAUACAGCAGGACAACCCAAGCAUUACAAUGAGAAGGGCGUUGGGGAGGGUGUGCAAAGAGCUAUCAAGGAGGGCCUCAUUAAACGUGAAGGACUCUUUCUUCAAACAAAGUUCUCACCUCCAGGGAACCAAGAUGAAAAUGCACCUUAUGAUUUUAAUGCACCGCUUGUGGAUAAGAUUCAUCAAUCUAUUCAGUCAUCAUUGACUUACUUCACCGUUGAAGGCGAGGAACCUUACUUUGACAGCGUGCUUUUGCAUAGCCCCCUGCGAACUCUCGAGGAAACUAUCACUGCGUGGAAGACUCUGGAGACAUACGUGCCUCACAAGAUCCGCAACCUAGGCAUCUCUAACACGACACUUCCGAUCCUUAAAGCACUCAACGAUGCUGUCACUGUUAAACCAAGUGUUGUCCAGAACCGCUUCUACUCUGAUACCAGCUUCGAGGUAGAUCUCAGAGCCUACUGUCGAGAGCAAGGAAUUGCUUUCCAGUCAUUCUGGACUUUCAGCGCCAACCCCAGGCUCGCUGCUACCAAGCCAGUUAAGAUGGUCGCAGAGAAGGCUGGAAUUUCCGAGGUAGCUGCGUACUAUUCUCUGGUCUUGGGGCUCGAAGGCGUAACGGUUCUGGAUGGAACAACGACUGAAAAUCACAUGAAGGAUGAUCUUGAAGGUAUCGAGAAAGUUGCUACUUGGGCGGAGACGGACGGAACAGCUGAAUGGAAUUCUGCUUUGAAACAGUUUAAGCAGAGUAUCGGGGAAGUCUGAGGGUUUCUCUUAAUACGUCUGAAUCUUCAGUGGUGCUCAGACGGUUGGUACUGUUGGCGUUAGGGACGUAGAGGCAGACUCGCAGUUUCUGCCAGUGAUAGAAAAUGGAAGUCGUCAACUUUACCUUUGGUACCAAACGCGUUCUGAUUCAUUCACAUACAUUCUUGACCUUCCCUGUCACAUCACUUCUCUUACCAUCAAUAACAUAAACUUUUUUCUUCCUCUCACA